AGACGUGUGACUCACCGUGUCUCUGUUUCACUUCCUGUGAAGAUAGGUCGUCCUGUUCACUCUAUCACAGUCUUAACUCCACUCCUUAACGUCGGUUGUCAGCGGACUGCUUCUGUCUUUGCAAAAUAAAUCCCUCAAUGGAUUCAGCUUGACUGACUAUAAUCAGUUUGGGAGCUCAAACAUGGCUGGAAAUGCACUGGGCAUAGUUUCCUGUCUUCUGCUCCUUGCCUCUCUCAUCCAAGGGCUCCAGGAUGUUGACGUCUUUCACGUUGAAACACUGGAAGCUGUAGUUGGCCAGAACAUCACCUUGACUUGCAUUAUUGGAAAAUAUUCUGAUGUCAGGAUUGUGAGCAUGGAAUGGAGAAAAAAUGAAAGGACAAAGAUUGCUGUGACCAGUCCAGAUUAUGGGGACCAUCUCUUUUGGCCUAAUGUGACUAUCGAAAAGGUGAUAAAUGAUGCAAAAGGGAUGAUGGGGUCCCACCUACACAUCCCUGCAGUGGAGAAAUGGGACAGUGGCACCUAUAGUUGUGAAAUUUCAAGUUUUCCUUUGGGUUCCAUAAGGUAUGAAACAAAGGUUAAGGUCAAAGAUGACAUUAAAAUCGUGUGUGAUACACCAGAGAUUGUUGUGCUUCACUAUGGAGAAAAUGCAACAAUUCAUUGCAGAGAAUUCUCUAAUUCAGUAUACAAAUGGACCAAGGACAAUAAGGUGGUGUCAGAGAAUGCAUCUCUGGAGCUUUGGCAGGUGUCGGCUGCUCAUACAGGGGUGUAUAAUCUGACAGUUAAAGCAGAAGACAAAAGCUUGCAUAAAGAAUUUAUCAUCUCGGUGCUAACAGCAACCACAAGCUUCAGGACAGCUUCAGAUCCUGUGACGGUGUCAGCACAGACUCUUCCUGAGUCAGCACAAACCAGCCUGACUACAUCACUUACCACUGGGUCUGCAACUCGUGGAAACGGGACAACUCGUCCAAACACCGGGGACGUCUCUGUCACAGCUGAAGAGCAUUUAUCUCCCUCCACCAUUUCACCAAAUAUCAGUGUUCCAUCAUCCCCUGCCACACACUCUGACACCUACCAUUCACUCAGUUCCACUUAUGUCACCGCUGUGUUCAGAUCAACACAGAAAAUGGCCGGAGGUGAGACGACAACCGAGUCCGAGACUCACACACUCCAGCCAAAACAAAUUUCAGUCAGCACAGAGGAGUCUAGCCCUUCAGGAAGCCUUUCUCAGAGCUCUAAACAUCCAAUUGAAAUCCCAUCCGGAACCACAAGAAUCACGGUGCUGGACAGAGGAAGUGGACAGAGUCAUCGGUUGUUGUUGUCACUCCUCAUACCAGUGCUGCUACUGAUUGCUUUGGCUGGCUUUUUCUAUUGGAGACAUAUCAGAAAGAAAAGGAUGGAUUUGCCGCCUCCCUUCAAACCUCCUCCACCUCCAAUCAAAUAUACAGCUGUCAGACAUAGUGAGGCCUUCACAGAGUCCUUCCCCAUCUCAAGGUGCAACUCAGUCGUAGAGCCCAAAGAAAUAACACCAACGUUUACCAUGGCAUGAAAGUUUAUGUCCUGAUAAAGUUUACAGUUGCACAAUGUUCAUCAUGGAAGGAUUAUUAAUAAAUACAAGUAGAAACCCUUUGAGAAGAUUGAGUCAAGCAAAGUGACUCAAGAACUGAACUAUAAGUCUAUGAAGCAGGUCUUAUAGAGUCAUGAACCCUCCAAAGAGGACGCAUCUCAACGUUAUUGAAGCAGCUACUGUUUAUAUGUACAUGUGUGAAAUGAAUAUAUUGAAAUGUAUGUGUUGAAAUAAACAAAUAAAGCAUGUUUGCACGUAUACAUGACUUGAAAAUGAAC